UAAUAAAUCAGCUGUAAACCCCCGUGCAUGAACUUAGGUCUCGUUGUUUUCAUGACUUUUUAGGUGCAACGCGCAAGCCGAUCCGGAAUCCUUUGACGAUAAUUUUUUUUUAGUUUGACCAAUUUGUAGUUAAAAACUUUGCCGUCAAUUUGGUAAUAAUUUUAAUAAAUAAAAUUGUGUAGAAUAUGAGAAAUAAUGGAUCGAAUACCACAUUUUAUAAUAUUGUCAAAAUCUGCGCCAACUUCGGUCACCCCUUCAUAAUGUAUCAGCAGAAAGUGGAUAACAAGGGCUGAUUGCCUAGACUAGUUUUGUGCUUGUGUUAUGCUGCCAUCUAGUGGCCAAGAUGGGAAUAAAGUUUUACUACUCUGCUUGCUUGGUGUCUAUUGUCAACCCUAGUCUCAACUCACUGAAAAUGCCUCGCAAAACUCCAAAAUAUGUGAGGAAGAGGAAGGUGUUCAAAGGAGUGCAAUACCAGGUAUUACAGAAGAGGAAAAUGAAUGCUGGAGAGGUGCCAGAAGAAAUAACAGCUUCAGAGAGGAAGCUUUCCCUGAAUACUGGUCCCACAUGUGAAGAUCCGCGUCAGCUAGAGGGCUUUUACAUCAUUAGUGGCCCACAACUUGCAACUGCUUUGCAAAAGGCUCACGUGUGUCUGGGAGGGCAUCUCAUUCCUCUGGAGAAUACCUCAAAGAAGGAUGGGUUGAACUGCGCUAUGGUCCUACGCUGCUCCAUUUGCAAGAAGGAAGAGACAUUCUUUUCAUCAGAAAAUGCAUGCGAAGGACGUGGAGAGUCUGCAGAAAUAAACCGCAGAGCUACUCUGGCAGCAACAGAGGUUGGUUUGGCACAGGAAAGCUUGUGCGACUUGCUGACCAUCCUCGGAACAGCCCCACCAGUCAAAGCUACAACAGGCACAUAGCCACUUUAUCUUCCUUAUCCCAAGAGACCAGUGAGGACGAGGCAAGUUGGCUCAGUCGGUAAAGCGUCGGCC